AGAGCAAGGACCUAGAAAGAGGUAGAGUGUGAAGAGUUAUCUCCAAGUAGAGCUGAGUAAAGUCAGUGGAAAUGAAGAGUCUUCCAAUCCUUGUGCUUCUAUGUGUGGCGGCUUGCUCGGCUUACCCUCUGGAAGGAACAGCAAAGAAUAAGGACUUGGAUCUUGUUCAGCAAUACCUAGAAAACUACUACAACCUUGCAAAAGAUGAGAAACACCUUGUGAGAAGAAAGGACAGCAGCCCUGUUGUUAAAAAAAUCCAAGAAAUGCAGAAGUUCCUUGGGUUGGAGGUGACGGGGAAGCUGGACUCCAACACCAUAGAAGUGAUGCACAAGCCCAGAUGUGGAGUCCCUGACGUCAGUCAAUUCACUACCUUUCCUGGCUCGCCAAAGUGGAGGAAAACUCACCUUACUUACAGAAUUGUGAAUUAUACACUGGAUCUGUCAAGAGUUGCUGUUGAUGCUGUGAUUGAGAAAGCUCUGAAAGUGUGGGAGAAGGUUACUCCUCUCACAUUCUCCAGGAUUAAUGAAGGAGAGGCUGACAUAAUGAUCUCUUUUGCAGUUAGAGAACAUGGAGAUUUUAUCCCUUUUGAUGGACCUGGAAAAGUUCUUGCACAUGCCUAUGCGCCUGGGACGGGGAUUAAUGGAGAUGCUCAUUUUGAUGAUGAUGAGCAAUGGACAGAAGAUAAAACAGGGACCAAUUUAUUCCUCGUCGCUGCUCAUGAACUCGGCCACUCCCUGGGUCUCUUUCACUCGUCCAACCCUGAAGCUUUGAUGUACCCAGUCUACGACCCACACACAGACCUGGCCCGAUUCCGCCUUUCUCAAGAUGAUGUGAACGGCAUUCAGUCCCUCUAUGGACCUCCCCCUGCCUCCUCUGAUAAACCCGUGGUGCCCACAAAAUCCAGCCCUCCAGCACCUGAGACACCAGCCAUGUGUGACCCUGCCUUGUCCUUCGAUGCAGUCGGCACUCUCAGGGGAGAAAUUCUGUUCUUCAAAGGCAGACAUUUUUGGCGCAAAUCCUUCAGGGCACUCGAAACUGGAUUUCAUUUGAUCUCUUCAUUUUGGCCAUCUCUUCCUUCAGGAGUGGAUGCUGCAUUAGAAGUUACUGGCAAGGAUACUGUUUUCAUUUUCAAAGGGAAUCAGUUCUGGGCCAUCAGAGGAAGUGACAUACUUGCAGGUUAUCCGAGAGCUAUCCACACCCUGGGCUUUCCUCCAACCAUAAGCAAAAUUGAUGCAGCUGUUUAUGACAAGCAAAAGAAGAAAAGAUACUUCUUUGUAGAAGACAAAUACUGGAGUUUUGAUGAAACAAGACAGUCCUUGGAGCCAGGCUUUCCCAGGCAAAUAGCAGACGACUUUCCAGGGGUUGACCCAAUGGUUGAUGCUGUUUUUGAAGCAUUUGGGUUUUUCUAUUUCUUCAGUGGAUCUUCACAGUUUGAGUUUGACCCCAAUGCAAAGAAAGUGACACGUAUUUUAAAGAAUAACAGCUGGUUUAAUUGCUAG